AUGGGGAACACCUUGGCAGCCCCGGAGCGUGCAGUAUGGGAAAAGUGGGCUGCAAAGAGCAUUAUGAAGAAUCUAUUAGAUCAGAUUCCAUUCAACACGUGUUGCAUGCCAGGGAUGGAUUCCAAGCUGGAGAACAAACAGAAGGCAUCGCGCGAGCACCGGCGGCAACUCCCCUAUCGGCCGGCCUCUCAGAUGACGUCAGCCAAUGAGUGCCUCAUCUUCUCAGGCGCUCUGGAUCUGGUCCAAAAUCCACCACCUUGGCUCAAACUUUGGACCACGGGACACAAGACGGCGACUAUGGCCGUGGCGGCAAAACCGAAAGUCCCAGCCUUGGCUGGCCCGGAGCUGUCCUCAGUGACAGCUCUGCCACUCUGGGCAUAUGUCGGUGGGCUGCCCCGGGGCCCUAACGAACUUGCCCCUCUUCAGUACUGGCCGUUCUCCUUGGCCAACCUCUACAACUGGAAAACUAACUACCCUUCCUUUUCAGAAAAUCCGUCUGGGCUCAGUGGCCUCCUUGAGUCCCUAAUGUUCUCCCACCAACCUACGUGGGAUGACUGUCAGCAGCUCUUGCAGGUCCUCUUUACCACAGAGAGAGAACGCAUCCUUUUGGAAGCCAGAAAGAAUGUUCCCGGGCCGGACGGAACUCCCACUUCCCUCCCUAAUCUCAUUGAUGCUGCUUUCCCCUUAAACUGCCCUGACUGGGACUUCAAUACUGCUGAAGGUAGGGAGAGUCUUCUGGUCUACCGCUGGGCUCUAGUGGCGGGUCUGAAAGGAACCGCCAGGUAUCCUACCAAUUUGGCUAAGGUAAGAGAAGUUAUUCAGGGUCAGAUGGAGCCCCCGUCAGUUUUCCUAUUACGACUGAUGGAGGCUUAUAGAAGAUAUACCCCUUUUGACCCCACUUCAGAGGGACACCAAGCUGCUGUAGCCAUGGCCUUCAUCGGUCAGUCUGCCUCUGACAUUAAAAAGAAACUGCAGAGGCUAGAGGGGCUCCAAGAUUACACUUUACAGGAUCUUGUGAAGGAAGUUGAGAAAGUAUACAAAAGGGAGACAGAGGAGGAGAAACAGGAAAGAGAAAAGAAAGAGGCAGAGGAAAGAGAAAAUAGGCGUGAUCGCUGCCAGGAAAGGAAUUUGACUAAGAUUUUGGCUGCAGUAGUAGGUGAAGAAAAGCCAGAGAAAAGGCAGUCAGGGUACCUGGGUGACAGGGCCAGAAGACCUCCGGAAGGACAGAGACUCCAGCUUGAAAAGGAUCAGUGUGCCUAUUGCAAGGAAAUGGGACAUUGGGCCAGAAAAUGCCCCAGGAAGAGGGAGAGGGGACCUAGAGUGUUGACCCUAGAGGAAGACUAGGGAAGUCAGGACUCAGCUCCCCUCCCCAAGCCUAGGGUAACACUCUCUGUGGAGGGGACCCCCAUCGACUUCCUGGUGGAUACAGGAGCGGAACACUCAGUCUUGACCAAACCGUUGGGACAAUUGGGAUCAAAAAGGACCAUGGUAAUGGGAGCCACUGGCAGCAAAUUUUACCCCUGGACAACGAAACAGACUCUAGUAAUAGAAAAAAAACAAGUAACUCAUUCCUUUCUUGUAAUUCUCGAAUGUCCCGCACCUCUGCUGGGAAGGGGUUUGUUGACUAAACUAAAAGCACAGGUUCAAUUUACUCCUCAGGGACCUGAGGUCAGUUGGGGAAAGGAUUCAGUAGUAUGUUUGGUUUUGGAUACAGAGGAGGAAUACCGUCUCCAUGAUCAGGGACCCAAAAAGUUGCCCUCAGAUGAAUGGCUGACGGCUUUUCCUGAAGUCUGGGCAGAACAAGCAGGUAUGGGACUGGCUAAAAGGGUACUUCCAGUAGUGGUCGAACUGAAGGCUGCCUCCACCCCUAUAUCGGUAAGGCAGUACCCCAUAAAUAGAGAAGCCAAAGAAGGAAUUAGACCACACAUCCAAAGCCUGUUACAGCAGGGCAUUCUGGUUCCCUGCCAGUCCCCAUGGAAUAUCCCCCUUCUGCCUGUCUGCAAGCCAGGAACCAAUGACUAUAGACCAGGGCAGGACCUGAGAGAAGUCAAUAAGCAGGUGCAAGACAUCCACCCAAUGGUGCCAACCCCUUAUAACUUGCUGAGUUCCCUUCCACCAGAACACCGUUGGUACACUGUGCUAGAUUUGAAAGAUGCCUUCUUUUGCCUUCGGCUGCAUCCUACCAGUCAGCUCUUGUUUGCUUUUGAAUGACGUGACCCUGAAGGGGGACACUCGGGCCAGCUGAUUUGGACCCGACUACCACAGGGAUUCAAGAAUUCCCCCACUCUUUUUGAUGAAGCGCUCCACCGUGAUCUUGUGCCCUUCAGGGCACAGAACCCUCAGAUUUCUCUCUUGCAGUAUGUAGAUGACUUACUGCUUGCAGCCUCAACCCAGAAACUGUGCCUUGCCUGGACCAAGAAACUCCUGAGUGAACUGGGUAAGUUGGGGUACCGGGUAUCCGCUAAGAAAGCUCAGCUAUGCCGCACCGAGGUGACCUACCUAGGAUACACCCUCCGAAAAGGAAAGCGGUGGCUCACCGAAGCUCGAAAGAAGACUGUGAUGCAGAUCCCAACCCCCACCACUCUGCGACAAGUACGUGAGUUCUUGGGGACUGCGGGCUUUUGCAGACUAUGGAUACCCAGGUUCGCAACCCUGGCGGCCCCUUUGUACCCCCUCACAAAAGAAAAGACCCUGUUCAGCUGGACUGAGGAACAUCAGCUGAAAAUAUAUUUUGAAAAUAUAAAGACUGCCCUGCUCACUGCCCCUGCCCUGGCCUUGCCUGACCUGACUAAGCCAUUUACUCUGUAUAUAGAUGAACAGGCCAGAGUGGCUCGUGGAGUAUUGACCCAAGCACUAGGGCCAUGGAAAAGGCCUGUGGCCUACCUCAAAAAACUGGAUCCGGUGGCCAGCGGGUGGCCUUCUUGCCUGAAGGCCAUUGCAGCCGUGGCCUUGCUUGUCAAAGAUGCAGAUAAACUUACUUUGGGACAGCAUGUCACUAUAGUUGUCCCUCAUGCCCUUGAGAGCGUAGUACGCCAGCCCCCUGACCGUUGGAUGACCAACGCUCGGAUGACCCACUACCAGAGCUUGUUGUUGACUGAAAGAAUCACCUUCGCCCCACCGGCCAUCCUCAACCCGGGCACCCUGCUCCCAGAAGGAGAGGCCUCCACUCCAAUACACCACUGUGCUGACAUCUUGGCAGAAGAGACCAGAGUCAGAAGGGACUUGACCGACCAACCGUGGCCGGGAGCUCCCAACUGGUAUACAGACAGAAGCAGUUUCCUGGUGGAGGGAAAAAGGAGAGCAGGAGUAGCAGUGGUGGACGGAACGCGGGUGGUCUGGGCCAGCGGUUUGCCAGAAGGAACUUCUGCUCAAAAGGUGGAACUCAUAGCACUAACACAAGCGCUCCGGAUGGCAGAAGGUAAGCCCAUCAACAUUUACACUGACAGUCGCUAUGCUUUUGCCACUGCACACAUCCACGGGGCCAUAUACAGGCAAAGGGGCUUGCUCACUUCAGCAGGAAAGGACAUUAAAAACAAGGAAGAAAUACUGGCCCUUUUAGAGGCCGUACAUCUACCGAAAAAGGUGGCCAUCGUCCACUGUCUUGGGCACCAGAAUGGGGGGGGGGACUCAAUCUCAAGGGGAAAUCAGAUGGCUGAUCAGGCGGCAAAGCAGGCAGCCCGAGGGACAGUAACCUUGGUAACUGAAACCGUGCCAGAUCCUCAAGCCUCGGAUCCUAGUUUCAACUACUCCUUUAAGGACUGUGAUAAGAUUGAAGAUAUGACAGAGGCANGAAAAGCCCAAAUGUUUAGUCAUCAUGGACUGGCAAAGACUAAAGAUGGGCAGAUAAUUCUACCCUCCAAAGAAGGACAGGACUAUGUGAGACGUAUUCACCAACUAACCCAUCUUGGAAGUGAUAAACUCAAGGCCUUAAUUAAAGGAUCUAAGUAUUAUGUGNUAAGGUUAAAUUCAGUAGCUGAAGAGGUAGUGAAGUCAUGCAAAGUUUGCACCUUGACCAAUGCCACUCGGCCUUUCAAGGAGCCUGGAAAGAGGCUAAGAGGAGAUAGGCCAGGGGUCUAUUGGGAAGUGGACUUCACUGAAAUUAAACCAGGAAAGUAUGGUAACAAGUAUCUCCUAGUUUUCAUAGACACCUUCUCAGGAUGGGUAGAAGCUUUUCCUACCAAAUCAGAAACCGCUCAGGUAGUGGCCAAGAUGAUCCUUGAAGAAAUCCUGCCUCGGUUUGGGAUCCCCAAAGUAAUCGGCUCGGACAACGGGCCUGCAUUUGUUGCCCAGGUAAGUCAGGAAUUGGCCACACAACUGGGGACUAAUUGGAAAUUACAUUGUGCUUAUAGGCCCCAGAGCUCAGCAGAAAGAAUGAAUAGGACCCUAAAAAAGACCCUUACUAAAUUAGCCAUUGAGACCGGCGGUCGGGACUGGGUGAUUCUCCUUCCCUUUGCGCUUCUCAGGGUCCGAAACACUCCCAGACAAUUAGGCCUCACCCCCUAUGAGAUUCUGUAUGGGGGACCGCCCCACUUAACUGAGUCAGGUGGGAUAUUGAAUCCCAACACUGACCUUUCCUCACCCUCUGCUCUGUUUACCCACUUAAAGGCCUUAGAAGUUGUCAGAACACAGAUCUGGAACCAGAUCAAAGAAGCCUACACACCGGGGACCACAGCAGUGCCCCACGGGUUCCAGGUUGGAGACUCAGUCUUGGUCAGAUGACAUCACACUGGCAUGCUUGAGCCCCAGUGGAAAGGACCUUAUCUGGUGCUGUUGACUACCCCGACAGCAGUCAAGGUAGACGGAAUUGCCGCCUGGAUACAGGCCUCCCAUGUAAAAAAAGCACCAGACCAAGAUGGAGGUAACUGGAUGGUGGAAACUACUAAUAACCCUCUUAAGUUGUGUCUCCAUCUCCUCCCUAUUAUGAAGGCAUAG